GGUAAACUAGCGAGUGAGCAGCGGAUUAGGGAGCUUUGUCGCGACCUGAUUAACGAUCAAAUGACCUUAUUGGCCAAUAACCUCCGGCGGCCGCUGUCUCCGGGCAUGACUGGCCGGCGUGGGCCUCCAGGACCCUCGGGUGUGCCUGGCACUAAAGGUAACGCUGGGCACCCGGGCAAGCGCGGCCCCCCGGGACUGUACGGACCCUCCGGAGAGCUGGGUGAUACGGGCGCUCGCGGUGACAUUGGUGAAAAAGGAGACAGGGGCAGGAUCGGCAAAGCCAUCAACGGCUUAGUUGGGCCUCAAGGACCUACAGGUCCCACAGGAAUGAUGGGGAUCAGCAAGAAUGGUCGCGAUGGGGCUUUGGGAGACCCAGGCCUUCCCGGAGAGCCAGGCAAAGCAGGAUCACAGGGAGCGAUGGGAUCCCCAGGAAUCUGUGACACUUCGGCCUGCCAGGGAGCCGUCGCAGCUGGAAAAUCCUCUCAUCCCAAAAAAUCAUGAAGUCGGAGCUAAGAUGUCACUGAUUUUUAAAAAAAAAUAACUUGAAUCGAUGUAGGCCAGCCCAAUGCUCCAGGGCACAGAGAGGAAAACAUGACAAUCAUUGUUCCAACUCCGGGAACUAAAGUGCCUCAUAAACCUGUUCAUCAGCGCGGCUGAAACAGAUUUUAAAACAGCUUGUCUAUUGUUUUUACACCGGCCUCAUCUUGUUUUUGAACUGUAAUUAACGUAAGACUCAUCUGCCAUUAGAAUGUUCCAUGGAAUGCUGUACUUUUCUUCGCCUUUUCCAUUUCUCGCUGUUUGUCUCCUGAACAAAACUAUCGUAUAUAAAAACACGUACCUCAAUAAGCAGCAACUUUGUAAUUCCUGACCUUCUGUCUAUUGGUGAGGAGAUGCAUUGUACAUAUGAUAUAAAUGUAGUGCUCAGACAUUUGUGUUGUUUCUAACUUUAGAACUGAACUUCUUUACUACCAGCCCCAUCCUCCCACCCACCACCAUGCUCUCACACCACACCAGCCCCUCACCACCACCAUCACGCCACACCCCAGUUUCAGGCUUUCAUGUGAUCACUGGUAUUGGCAAAGUCUUACAAUGAAGGAUCUGGCUGCCCGUCCCCCGACACUGACCCCCCCCCCGCCCGCCCCCGCCAUGCUGAUGUCUUGUUUAUCACAGUUGCUGAACCCGCAGUUAUUUUGUAAGUGAAUCCCAGGUGGCUGUUGCUGUUCCACCCCAUUUUGUAAAUUUUUCACAAUUGAAUAAAUUCCUGUUGUAUUUCCUGCCUGCACGCUGUAUGGUGAUGUAACUCGUCAGUGUCCUUGACUUAAAAUAGUAUAUUUAUUUUCUGUGGGUGCCUGUUGAUUGUAAAAUAAAGCUGUUUACCAUCA